AUGGGAUUUUUCAACCAGCUCCGUUUGCUCCUAUGGAAAAAUUUCACACUUCGGAAACGGCAGAAGUUGCGUCUUGUUGCAGAGAUCAUAUUUCCACUGGCUAUGUUUGUGGUCAUGUGUUCUAUUCGAGUAAAAACACGAGACGAAAGAGUCAAACACGCAGCUUGUCAUUUUGACGGGAAGGCAAUGCCGUCGGCAGGUAUUGUGCCGUUCCUGCAGUCUUGCAUGUGCACCUACGAUAACCAAUGUCACAACAACCCAACCCAGAGUGAGCUACCAGGGGCCGCUAACCCGUUCGGCAACACAGGUCUAGCCGGAGCAAUAACUGCAUUAAAGGAUAUUUUGGAAGACCAAGCAGACAUGACCUUGAUAAGUGACCUUGUUCAUGACCUGUCCGUGUACGGGGAGUUGUUGAGGCUCAUACGGGAUGGCCAAGCAGUGGGUACAUUGGACAUAGGGAGUUUCCUUCCAGAUCGACAAAACCUGACGUCCACAUUGAAUGGCCUCGUGUCAUCUAACACAACCAACUGGCUUAUAGAGGCAGUCAGCAAUAGGACGGUUUUGAAGGAAGGGCUUGAUCCAAUAUCAGCUUUCUUUAUUGUGAAUGCCUUCCGGUCCAAGGACCCUAGUGUAAUUCAAUCUGGCACGGAUACAAGUGCGAUCGUCAACGACAUCACAGACACCAUACGGACAGAUGUGUGCAAUCAAAAUGGCUUGGACCAGAUACUACGCUUUCCAAACGAGACAUUUGAAAACUUUGUACAACAGAACACAAACCACUCUAUGAAGGAAUUGCUUGAACAGAUACUUGACUUGAAUAUUAAAAUGAUGACAGACCCGGAAUGGCGCCAGCCAUUCUACAACCUCUACAAGGUGAUACAGCAACUACAGAACCAGACUUCCCAGAUCCAGAACACCACCGGCAAGCCUGUGAGUAUGGCGGACAGCAUGGGGACGUUCGUUUGCGGACGAAAAGGUUCUCUCUUGAAUGUCAUUGAGGAUAACGUCAACAACCUCAAACCGGACGAGCAGCCGACGCCGGUGACUCCCUACCAACAGGUGGAGGGGGAAUAUGGCGAUGCUCAACACUGUCAGGACCUGUUCUUGGAGUUGGAGACAAGAAGCGUACAAACUCGCGUUUUGUGGGAACAGAUCAAACCGUUUGUACGAGGCUGUAUCCUGUACUACCCGGACAAUAUCAACACAAGGAAGAUCAUCAAUACUACCCAGCAGUUUUUCCGUGACCUUCAGAACCUUCGUAACCUUGCAUCGUCAUGGGAACUGUAUUCCCCGGAGGUUUUUCUCUUCCUUAACAACAGUGAUGCCGUAGAGGCCCUUAGAAGUAUUGUUGACAGUAACAUGUGUGAGACAGUAGCGUUAGCGGCAGCUCGUUUCAUGGUAACUGAGAAGAGUGAAGUCAGUUCCAUGUUUAACGCCUCUGAAACCUGCUCAUUCCUGAAGCAGUACCUCAACAACGGGCCGAAUGAAACCUUGUAUGAUUGGAGAAAGUCAUUAAACUUCACAAACGAGUUGUUUGAAUUCGGUGCUGACUAUUUGAGUUGUUUCAACUUCGACAAGUUUAUCGGCUACAACAAUACAGAUGACCUUAUGAAAGAUGGGCUCACCUUGAUUGAGAAAGGCCUGUUCUGGGCGGCCAUCGAGUUUGAAAACAUUGACGCAUCCUCCACCCUGCUACCCACCAAGGUCCAGUACAAGAUACGAAUGGACAAGAACAAAGUUGACUCCACCAAGAAGAUUAGAAACAAACAUCCCAAACCUGGUCCUAGGGCCGAGCCCUGGCGUCUGAAAGCAUUUAUGUAUGGGUAUGCAUACAUACAAGACAUGGUUGAGAAUGGUAUAGUUCGUCUUCAGACAGGGAUGAACCGCUCUGUCGGGAUUGUUGCGCAACAGUUUCCUUACCCGUGUUAUAUUGAGGACAAGUUCAUCGUCACCUUACCCCACAUUUUACCGCUUUUAAUGAUCCUCGCAUGGAUUCUUACUACGGCCAUGUUGUGUAAGAGCAUUGUGUAUGAGAAGGAACAACGCCUUAAGGAAGUGAUGAAGAUUAUGGGGCUUGGGAAUGAAGUACACUGGGCUGGAUGGUUCAUAAACACCUUUGUCAUGAUGUUUUGCAUAAGCGUAUUGCUGGUUGUUCUUCUAAAGGCUGGAAACAUUCUAGAAUAUUCCGACCCGACAGCAGUGCUGUUCUUCCUCAUGGUGUUUUCUUCAGUGACAAUCGUGUUCUGUUUCCUUGUGAGUGUGUUCUUUUCCAAACCGAACCUGGCCGCGUGCUUUGCGGGGUUUUCGUACGUUUUGUCGUACCUGCCUUUCGAGCUAUUGAUAAGAUUUGACAGCGUGCUCACUCUACGUCAGAAAGUGUCUGUUGGUCUUUUGUCCAAUGUAGCCUUUGGCUAUGGGUGUAAAUUCAUUGCCAUGUGGGAGGAGCAGGCUAUUGGCCUCCAGUGGAGCAACAUGGGUAUCAGCCCCUUGAACGACGAUGACUUUAGCAUGCUUCACUGUGUCAGCAUGAUGCUCAUAGACCUUGUCAUCUACGCCCUCCUUACCUGGUACAUAGAGGCUGUCUUCCCCGGUCAGUAUGGAAUACCGAAGCCAUUUUACUUCCCAAUCAAGGCUUUGACAACGUGCUUUAUUUCCUUGGAUGAGACCCAGUGUGGGGAUGCAGGACAACUAAGCAUGAACUAUCUCAGCACAGACACAGAUGUAAUGGAGGUGGGGCCUAAAAACAAGAAGAUCGGAGUGGCCCUCCGUAACUUACGGAAGAAAUAUUCUACUUCCAACAACUUUGCUGUGGAUGGGCUCAACCUUGACUUCUACGAGGAUCAGAUUACAUCCUUCCUUGGGCACAACGGGGCCGGGAAAACCACCACCAUGUCUAUAAUGACCGGCCUGUUCCCGCCCAGUGAGGGUACAGCCUUCAUCCAUGGCAAGGACAUUCGUGUCAACAUGGACAGUAUCAGGCACAGUCUCGGCACUUGUCCGCAACAUAAUGUCCUCUUUGACUGGCUAACAGUUGAGGAGCACCUGUGGUUCUAUGCACGUCUGAAGGGAACGGCUUCCUCUUAUGUUAAGGAGGAGAUGGAACAAAUGAUCAAGGACGUCGGCCUGCCACACAAACGAACUGAGAUCUCCAGCAACCUCUCCGGUGGUAUGAAGCGUAGGUUGUCAGUUGCAGUAGCCUUUAUGGGCAACUCUAAGACAGUUAUCCUGGAUGAACCAACUGCUGGUGUUGAUCCGUACGCCAGGAGGGACAUCUGGCAACUUCUCCUCAAACUCAAGAAAGGACGCACCAUAAUCCUCUCCACCCACCAAAUGGACGAGGCUGACGUGCUUGGAGACCGUAUCGCCAUCAUUUCCCAGGGACAGCUCUGCUGUGUCGGUUCCAGCCUGUUUCUCAAGAGCCGGUAUGGUAACGGAUACUACCUGACCCUUGUGAGGGCAGACAAAGAAGUGGACGAGGAGGCCAUCUUGAAGUCACAACUGUUUUUCACUUCGGAGAUGACGAAAGUGCGACCGGAGUCGGCUAGUAGUAAAAGGAGCGUUACCAUCAUGUUGAACACCAUGUACAAAAAUAACAUACACUACUGUAUCAUUGUUUUUCAGCCUGCGAUGCAUCGGGAGGUGGAUAAGGGGUUCAAAGAGGGGAAAUCUUACAGUGACCCUCCCACACAUCCGGGGAAAGAGAGCAUUUCCCCGAUUUUUUCCGUAAAGAAAGUCACAUCAUUUGUUAAGAAGUUUGUACCGGAGGCCAAGCUUGUAGAGGACAAUAUGACUGAGCUGUGUUACCAGCUGCCAGACAACGCGGCACACCGUGGGGACUUUGAGCGGCUGUUCCAUGAACUUGAAUCCUCGUGUGUUCAUCUGGGGAUUUCCAACUUUGGCAUAUCUGAUACAAGUCUGGAGGAGGUGUUUCUGAAGGUGACGGAGGAGAACUAUGGGGAUGCUGGCGAACGCAAGAGAAACAAGCUGGAUGAUAUGACGGAUGGUGGUCGCCUGACUCGGGGAGCGUCUCGUCCCAGUUUCAAGAGUAAGAAAAAGCCCUCGUUGUUUUGGCGAGCCUCGACUCACCGCGAAGACAGCAAGAUGGACCUGAUUGUAGAGGAGGACACAGAGUCGGUGAUAUCUCAGCCUGUGAGUGAGUAUGGGGAGACUGGUUUCACCCACAGUCAGCACGCCAAGGUGACUGGUUGGAAACUUACCCUCCGACAGUUCAUCGCUAUCUUCCUCAAGAGAUUCCAACAUGUACGUCGCAGCAAGAAAGGAUUCCUUUUCGAGGUUUGUUUGCCAGUGGCAUUUAUCUUGCUGGCGAUGACUUUCGAUCAGCUAUUGCCGACUUUUUCUGAGGAACCUGCACUAGAGCUUCAUCCUUGGUACUACAAGCCUGUCCGCGGAGACCCACACCUCAACAUGUUUUACAGUAAUAAUGCUGGGCCAGACAAUGAUGUGGCUAAAAGGUUGGAAGACAUGAUCCAGCAACCUGAAGGGGUCGGCAACCGAUGUAACAAUAAACACAAGAUAGAGAAGUACUCGUGUGAGCCCCCAGGAGACGCCGGUUUCUCUAAGCUGACACACUUUAACAAGACACUAGAUUGUGACUGCAGUACAGGAUGGCAGGUGUGCCCGGAAGGAGCGGCUGGCCCCAAACCACCCAUCCGCCUACAUCCUACUACGGACUACCUGUAUAACAUGACGGGGCGUAAUGUUUCAGACUGGGUACUGAAGACGCAUAGCGAGAAUAAGAAACGCAGAUAUGGUGGUCUGAUAUUUGGAGAAAUUGACAACCUGGCGUUCACGGGGAAUAUGUCGGAGGUCCAGGCUUCGAUAGAUCGUCUCCUGACGGCAGCUACGAACGGGUCCGUGAUCAAGAUGGCGGACAUAUUCUUCUGGUCUAACCUCACACUCGUACUGCCCAGUCUGGCUUCCAGAGAUGUGGGCAAGGUCUGGUUCAACAACAGAGGCUGGAUAGCUUCGACCACGUAUAUAAAUGUUAUGAACAACCUGAUCAUGCGCUCAAACCUGCCCUCGGGGACAGAUCCAGCGGACUACAGCAUCGUCGCCAUCAGUCACCCAAUGAAAAUGACCAAGGACCAGCUCGAUAUUACAGCCUUGUUAAGCGACUUUAGGGAAGUCACUAUCUCGAUCUGUGUGAUAUUUGCAAUGUCGUUUAUCCCAGCAAGUUUCACCAUGUACCUAAUUGAGGAGCGAGUCUCCAACUCUAAGCACCUACAGUUUGUCAGUGGGGUCAACCCUUGCAUUUACUGGGUGUCCAACUUCUGCUGGGAUCUGCUGUACUACCUGAUCCCAUCAAUAUUGUGCAUAUUCAUUUUCCUUGCAUUCAACAACCAAGCAUACGUGUCUGCUGUCAACGCGCCAUGCCUUGUGUCCCUGCUCUUCCUAUAUGGCGUGGUCAUGACCCCUCUGAUGUAUCCGUUUUCCCGGUUAUUCAGUGUGCCAAGCACUGCCCUUGUCGUGCUACAGUCUGUCAACAUUUUCCUUGGAAUAAUAACCACCGUGUCAACAUUCAUCAUGGAUUAUUUCGAAACAGAUGACGACGGGCUGAAGAAUAUCAACAGGCAUCUGAAGCAGGUGUUCUUACUUUUGCCCCAGUACUGUCUAGGGCGAGGCCUGUUUGACUUGGCCAAGAACCAGCUGUUUGCAGAUGUGUACGCCGAGUUCGGGAUCAACAAGCUGUCCAACCCAUUAAAAUGGGACAUCGUGGGCAGGAACCUGUUCUGUAUGUUCAUGCUGGGCAUUCUCUUCUUCAUUAUCAACCUGCUGAUUGAGUACAGGUUAUUCCUACAUUCCAGAAUGUCAGCGACAUCAAGGACAUACCAGGAUGAGGAGGAUGAGGAUGUUGCCAGGGAGAGGAGGCGUGUCACCUCCGGUGCGGCUAAGGAUGAUGUACUCAGGCUGGAAAAUCUUACAAAGAUUUUUCCAAAGAGGGGCAGCAACAAGAAGCUGACCGCUGUUGACCGCCUGUGUGUGGGUGUGCCCAAGGGUCAGUGUUUUGGUCUCCUGGGGGUCAACGGGGCGGGCAAGACCACCACAUUCAAAAUGCUUACAGGAGAUGAGAGGCUCACCACGGGAAAUGCCUACGUUAAUAACUACAAUAUUCUGAACAACAUGAAAGACGUGCGAAAGAAUAUCGGCUAUUGUCCCCAGUUUGACGCCCUGGACCCCCUCCUGACGGGGGUGGAGCAUUUACGGUUUUAUGCUAGGCUACGCGGCAUAUCGGAGACUGAUGUGAAACAUGUUGCAGAUUGGGCGAUCCGGCGGCUUGGACUGCUGCCUCACGCUGACAAGAUCUCCAUAAACUACUCUGGCGGGAACAAACGUAAACUCUCCACUGCCAUCUCUCUCAUUGGGAACCCCUCCGUCAUCUUCCUGGAUGAGCCUACCACAGGUAUGGAUCCUGGUGCCCGCCGGUUCCUGUGGGACUGUAUCUCCAACAUUGUCAAGGACGGCAGAUCUGUUAUACUCACUUCGCACAGUAUGGAGGAGUGUGAGGCAUUGUGUGGUCGUCUGGCCAUCAUGGUGAACGGCAGGUUCCGCUGUCUGGGAAGCAUACAGCACCUUAAAAACAGGUUUGGUGAUGGAUACACAGUCAUCAUCCGCGUCUCUGGUGAAUACCCGGACAUGGAGCCCGUCUUGGCUUGGUUCAGUGAAUAUUUCCCAGGAGCAGUUCUUAAGGAACAGCAAAGCAACAUGCUGCAGUACCAGCUGGGAUCCGACAUUAAGCUGUCAAAGUUGUUUGGUCAGAUUGAGGCUGUCAGGGAGCAGUUAUUGAUUGAGGACUAUUCUGUAUCGCAAACAACUUUAGAUCAGGUGUUUGUCAACUUUGCCAAGCUGCAGACAGACCUGGUAAAUGAUGAGUUAGAUGAGCUUCCAGCAGACCUUAAACUCCCGUGGAAUGUGUCACCGAGUGAGGCGGAAGGACUGAGCCUAGCGGGCAGUACCACAGGCUUGAUUCGCAACCAAUAUCGCAACAGCUACAACAGUUUCCAGACCCGCAGGCCCGAGGCUGACGAGGAUAUUUUAUACUUUGCGGACGUUUCGGGAAUUAAGAGACCUAACUCAUUCCGUCCUGGGAUGGCUGAUACUCCUUGCUGA